AUGUCCAAGCACGUCCACUUCUCAGGGCCUACGACAACAACCCACCAACCCACCACAAUCCACCUCCUUGGCCAAUCUCAGCCUACGACCAGACGCCUCUCUCCGGCUUGCCAACAAAUCGUCUCAGAGACCUUCACGGACACAACGGCAAACCUCACCAUCCGCUCCUGCCUCGCAGACAGCGCUCUGUAUCCAAUAAUCACAGGUCACAAAUGCAAUCAUGUCCCCUUGGUGCCCUCUUCCCUACACGCGGACAUGGCAAUGACAGCAGCGGAGUAUAUCUGGACUGUCCUCCAUCCCAAGACGGAGGUACCUGGAAUCGAUGUCCAACACAUGGAGGUCCUAAAGCCGUUCAUCGCGCAGCUCCCACAGGAGGGAGAAGGGCAGUGGAUCGAGAUGGUUGUUUCCGGCGACCUUCCUGUUGCUACCAUGUCUGCGGAGGCUGUGGGGGGUACAAUCACCUGCACCUUCCACAGUGUGCAUGCAGAUGGCAGUGCAGACAAAAUGGCUCAUCGCGCAAGCUGUACCGUCCGCUACGAGGACAAAGCAAGCUGGAAGAAAGAAUGGUCCCGUUAUACCCACAUGGUGCAAAACUCCAUCUCCAUGCUCCGUGACCGCGCUACGAACGGCGGAGCACAUAUCAUGCAAUCUGGUCUAGCAUACAAAGUCUUCGAGUCCUUCGUAACCUACGACCAGCAAUAUAGAGGUAUGAACGAGGUGGUCUUUGAUGGGCUGGAGGGCACCGCCACUAUCACGUUCAAAACCAAGCCUGGGGAUUACACAACCUCGAUCCACAUGGACAACUCUUGCCAUCUUUCUGGAUUCCUGUGCAACGCUCUCGAUGCCGAAGAUGGGCAGGAUAGCGUCUAUGUCUCUGAGGGCUGGGAGGGAAUGAAGUGCUUCGAUCUAGAUUUCCUGCGGAAGCCGCAGAUGGUGGGGACAAAGAUGGUAAGUUAUGUGCGGAUGCAGGCACAGGGGAAAGAUGUUCUAUGUGGCGAUGUGUACACCUUUCUCGAUGGGGAGGUGGCGAUUGUAUGGGAGGGAAUCAAGUUUAAGAGGGUGCCGAGAAGGGUGGUGAAUAUCUUCUUGCCGCCGCCUAAGCAUUGA